CUGAAAUGCAAACAGGAGAAUUUUUAGUAAAAGAAAUUUCCCAUUUAAUUGAAAAUAUUGGAAGCGAAAAAUUUGCAGCUAUAAUUACAGAUGCUGCAUCAAAUUGCAAAUUUGCACGAAAAAAAAUUCAAGAAUUUUAUCCACAUAUAUGGGAUAUUCGAUGUGCGGCACAUGCAAUUAAUUUAAUUGCAUCGGAUUUGGUUAAACUGGAAAAUGUUAAGGAUUUAAUUAAUAAAU